AUGGCAUCAUCAUCAUCAUUCCCCCCAUCCGAGGUCCAAGACAUCCUCCAUCAAGUCGUCACGCUGCUCAAAGAGCGCAAAGAAACCGUCAGCAUAGCCGAGACGGCCACAGGAGGCCUCAUCAGCAGCUCCAUCCUCAGCACGCCCGGCGCAAGCAAACUCUACAAAGGUGGCCUCACGCUCUACACGCUGCCUUCGCGCAUCGCCUACGCCGGCUGGACGCAGCAGCACAUUGACAAUUAUGAUGGCCCCACGCAGGAUGUGGUCAAGGGGUUGGCGGCGCACGUGAGGAAGGAUCUGGGUAGCACGUAUACGAUUGCAGAAUCGGGCACGGCUGGUCCUUCCGGAAGUGGGAAGGCGCCAAAUCGGCAGCCGGGAUAUGUUGCGUUGGCUGUGGAUUGUGAUCGGGGGAGUUUUGCGAGGGAGCUGGAUACGGGGCUCGGGGGCGAUCGGGUGGGGAAUAUGCUGCGGUUUACUGUUGAGGCGUUGACUUUGUUGCGGGAUGUUAUUGAGGGGAAGGCGAAGUUGUAA